CAUGGAAACCGCGCGAGAGCGAGGCAGCUGGUCGAGUUCUCACACAGCGAGUGUUUCCGCUCACCUCCAAUAAAGAAGUGCCGAGGACAAGGAACAACGGAGCCUCAGCUUGGGGGGAAAAACAGACAACGGAGACGACAGAGACGGGAUCUUUUGUCGAUAUUUCGACAUAAUCUCCGUCGCUUGUGUCGUUGCUAAUGUUUCGAAUGUGAGAAGGGAGAGUGGGGACUCGCUGCUGGUAACCUUUUGUCGGUUAAGCCGUAGAGGACUCUCACUGGAUGUUGGAGGAAAACAUGUGCAAUGGAAUGGUAGCGUUUCAGAUGAGAGCCCCUUCCUCCUCCUCUUCUUCCUUAGCCCACAGGCUGGCCGUCCCUGCCCUUUUCCUCCUCGUCACUGUGCUCCCCCACGGCCGCGCAUCAGGUUGUGCGCGGCCCUCCGAUGUGCAACAUGGAGACCUACUUAACCUGACCGAGGCCAACAGGGACUCCUUUCCCCUGGGUGCUGUUCUGACCUAUGGCUGUGAGCCUGGAUACACCGCAGACGGACCCACCAGCAUCACUUGCGCCAAUUCUGGAUCCUGGUCCCGUCAACCACGCUGCGUCAGAAGCAACGUGUGUUUGCCCCCCACUGAACCCGAGAACGGCGGCUACCGCUGCCACCCGCCCUCCUGCCACCACCUCACCCACAAGACGGUCAUCGAGUACUUCUGCGACGAAGGCUACGCUCUGAAAGGAGGCUAUAAUUUCCUCACCUGUCUGAACGGCGACUGGAACGCUCCCAUGCAGAUCAGCUGCCGACUCAUGCAAGACAAAGAGCCGAGCUCUCCCCUUGGCAUACCAGCUCUGUCGAUUGUGGCGUCCACCGCUAGCUCGGUGGCGCUCAUCCUGCUUUUAGUCGUGCUGUUUGUUCUUGUGCAGCCCAAACUCAAGUCUUUCCAUCACAGCAGGAGGGAGCAAGGAGUCUCAGGCCAGUCUGGUUCCAUCAUGGUUGAGGGGGUUCAGGUGGCACUGCCCUCCUACGAAGAGGCCGUGUAUGGAAACGGUUCGGGCCCGCCUCCACCUCCGCCGCCUCCCCCAGCUCCUCCCGAGUCCAGAGUCCCGAUCGUUCUGUCCGAGGGGCUCCCUCAGGGGGCCACGGGAGGCCAAGGCCCAAGCCGAAGCCGCCAUCAUAGAGACUUAGACUUCUGUCUCCCAUCCACCUCGUCCUCGUUCCCCUCCCACCAUCAUGCAGAGACGGUGCUUGUGCAUGAGGGCCCUUCUUCCUCCUCCUCCUCCUCUUUAUCAUCGUGGGCAAGAGAGCACCCUGGGGGUGCUUGUGCAGCCCCUCUACCUCUACGUAGAGACUCUGAGAGCAGCGACCAGCACAGUCUGCUCUCUGUCACCUCUGCAGAUGACUUUUCUGAUGAUAUUCCCUUGCUGAAGGAAGCAUGAAGCCCGCCGACGUGCUCGCAGCAGUCCCCCGUCUCUCUGCUGACCAGAACUGAGUGUGGCUGUCAAUCCCACUUCCCCUAAAACACCCUCAAGGGCCAGCAGAGACAGGAAGUAGAACUAUGCCCCGGCAAACCAUCUUUGGCCAUCGCUGCCCACGCAGAGCAAAGCCAUCAGCCAGUACUUAUAUCGCAGGAGCGCCACGGGAUCCAACUCAAAGCAAAGACCGAGCGAUGCCAUCUUGUGAAGAAUCCUUUGUAUCAAACAUAGCACAUGCUCUAUCAACUCUUUAAAAAAACGAGAAAGCUUAAGAAGUUUGCUCCUGGCACCGCGGCAUCCCGAAUUGUCUUCCCGCUCUACUUGAAGAGUUGAGUGACAGCUGGAUGUUGUGGCUCUCUUUGUGAAUGCUGCAUGUUUUUUUAUUUUGAUUUUUUUUUUUUUGUGAUGUCUGUCACUGCACCGUGGCCCACUCUGAAUUAAGCAUGAAGCCUCUUCUGUGUGUCUCUCUCUCGCUUCGCUGUCUCCACAUCCGGAAUAAUGGAUGAAUGGCAUCAGAUGAGAAGCGCAGGGUGCAGCUUUUUCCUUACACCUGCUUCUGGAACCAAGAAGAGAGCUUUUUUUUUUUUUUUUCCUCUGCUUUUCCUGCUGCACCCGACGUGGGGUUCUUCUUUCGCAUGAGUAGGAUUGCUGUUUGGCUUCCAAGGAGCAAUGAAGACACAACCUUGUAUGCAAGAAGACGUGAUGAUGUAUCAGUUUGUGUAGAAUUUGCAGGGGGGCUGUCCAUCUGGCUGAUUGGUCAUGAAACAACUGUAUUUAUUGCGUGUCUUUGCUUUGGUGAAUCUGACUUUUGAGUGUGUGUGUGUGUCUGCAGGAAGGACAUGUCCUCCGUAUAGUUUGCCUCGUAACAGCCCCUCCUCAGAUUAUAUAGGCUGCCCCCCCCACAAUAUCCUGUUUUGCUUGACAUAUAGGAAAACAGAACAUCACAAGAACAAUCCAGCAAUGAGUCAAAUACGCGACCGUGUGUAUUAUUAAUCAAUAUUCAUCAUUUGUGCUGACUGGUAUCUCUCUGGGGAAAUGGCUUCAAGUACCACACCGGCGCAUUAUUGACAUAACUGCAACUGGUUGCAGUGAAAUAAAUACGUUUUGUUGUCCCUGCAGUGUUCCGAGCCAAAGGAAUCAUGCUUUAUGUUGUCCUGUGUUAUUGGCACGAUAAAUGGUGACCAUCCUCUCAAAAGGUCUUAAGAAUGACUUUCCAGUCGAACCCCAUGUGAUAUAUCUUGAUCUGUUGUGGCUCUUAUUAUUGCCGACAGAACGUUGCCUUAGACCUGUACAUUUUUCCCUCGUGUAUUAUCUAAAAGCAUCUGCAUUGGUUGCUUUCCACUAUUACAUUUUCUGUUUUCCCCAAAGGCCUUACUGUUUUUUUUUUCUUUUCUAUUCUGUGCAUACAAUUGCUUAUGUAUCUGUCUUUAUUUUGUCGUCCGUCCUUUUGUCUUUCCCUCGCUUUUCAACUGCUGUGACGACAACAGUGACGAUUAUUCUGCGCCUCUAUAUGUUUCAUUAUUGCUUUACUUUCUCUUUUGCUACCUGGUGUUAAAAUAUUACGGGGUUAAACAAAAAAACAACUGCUAUUGUGUCCGGAGGCACUGUUGUACAGUGUUUCUUCCCUGAAAAAUAACAGUACACAUUUAGUUUCUUGGUUUGAAUGCUUUCAGCUUCUGAUCUUCCUCUGUACAUGGCAGUGGGUGUGAGAAUAGUAAUUUAAUAUUUGUAAAAAGUUUAAUUUAAUUUUACAGUGUGUAUAUAACUUUCUAAUUAAAGCUUUCUUUUGAAUGUG